AUGGAGGAAGAAUCCCUCCAGGAGUCCCCAGUCAGGGACCCCAAGGAGGUUGGGUUGGACAAACUAAAGUCCAUCAAACUCGAAGCCGAAAAAUACAUGGAGGAGAACCCAAACUCCAAAUUCGGCACAAAAAUACACGCCAAAAUGGUCAUGGAUUUCUUUGACCAGAUGAUAGGCGUAUAUGCGGACACCUUCCAGACGAAGGAUGACCAGCUACAGACCAUCACAAGAAAAAUAGACAUGCUUCUUGAUAACUCGACCAAGAAACCUGCCAAUACGACUCUUUCGUACGCAGAUAAAGUCAAGGUUGGCCCUACCCCCCACCAUUGCUCCAGUACUGUUGUAAUAAUAGAAAGCACAGACCACAACGAAGAUGCUGAGACAAUAAAAACAAGAAUAAAAUCUAAACUCGACCCCCGGCAACUAAAACUAGGGGUUAAACAAGUUAGAAAGAUACGCAACAGAGGGCUACUGGUUGAAUUGGAGGGAAAGGAUAAAGGGGAACACCUGAUAAAUGAAAUAAACAAUAUGGGAAACCUAACGGCACGUCUGCCGAAAAAGAUUCUCCCAAAGGUGACUAUAUUUAAUAUUCCUGCUUCCCUAAACAAGCAGGACAUAAUAGAGGGUCUUUUUGACCAAAACGAACCCAUAACCAAGACCUACCAGAACGUAGAAGAGUUCGGUAAAAACAUAAACAUUAAAAGCAAAUUCGGCAGAAAGCCCGAGGUGAACCACUGGAUCUGCGAGGUCACGCCAGACCUACGAAAACUAUUGUUAAAACUGAAAAAGGUCAACUUAGAUUGGGUACGCUGCUCGGUGGAAGAAUACUACAGCAUUAUCCAAUGCUACAAAUGCUGCAAAUACGGUCAUAUAGCUAGAGAAUGCUCCAGUGAUCGCAACCACUGUAACCACUGUGGGGGCGAUCAUAGAUAUUCGGAGUGCAAAAACAAAAAUACCGCCCCUAACUGCAUUAACUGUAUAAGGAACAAAUCGAACUCCUUCGCCCAUAGAGCAAACCACCCCACCUGUGCCGAAAGACAGAAAAUAAUAAGAGCCAUAACAUCAAGAACUGAUUAUGGAUAA